GAAAACCCACCGGCGGACCCAGCGGCUUGAGUCCCCAGUUUCCCGCUGGCCCCCAGGACCCUGCUCCCCACCGCUCCUCCCCCUCCGCGGCUUCUGAGUGGCGUCAGCACGCCUGCUGGGCGUGGGGUUUAAAUGCCCACUAGCGGGAGCGCGGGCGCAACUGUCCCGAACGUUGUCUAGGCUAGAAUCGCAGAGGUGGGAGGGGAAGGAGUGAGCGAACGGAAUCCCGAGCCGCGGAGCGCGCUGCCCCGCCGCCGAUGACUCGGGAGCUCGGUCCCAAGCGCAGCCUAUGCAGCAUCCCAGUGCUCCACCGAACAAGAGUUGAUGAUAAAAUAUCUAACCGUCUCCGCUGCGGGGAGCCAUGAGCUGUCUGGAUGUUAUGUACCAAGUCUAUGGUCCUCCGCAGCCUUACUUCGCAGCCGCCUACACUCCCUACCACCAGAAACUAGCCUAUUACUCCAAAAUGCAAGAAGCCCAGGAGUGCAACGCCAGCCCCAGCAGCAGUGGCAGCGGCAGCUCCUCAUUUUCCAGCCAAACUCCAGCAAGUAUAAAAGAGGAGGAAGGCAGCCCAGAGAAAGAGCGCCCACCAGAGGCAGAGUACAUCAACUCCCGCUGUGUCCUGUUCACCUAUUUCCAGGGGGACAUCAGCUCAGUGGUGGAUGAGCACUUCAGCAGGGCCCUGAGCCAGCCUAGCAGCUACUCCCCCAGCUGCACUAGCAGCAAAGCACCGAGGAGCUCCGGGCCUUGGCGGGACGGCUCCUUCCCAAUGAGCCAGCGCAGCUUUCCCGCCUCCUUCUGGAACAGCGCGUACCAGGCGCCGGUGCCCGCGCCGCUGGGCAGCCCGCUGGCCGCCGCGCACUCGGAGUUGCCCUUCGCCACCGCCGACCCCUACUCACCAGCCGCUCUGCACAGCCAUCUGCACCAGGGCGCGGCAGAGCCCUGGCACCACGCGCACCCGCACCAUGCGCACCCACACCAUCCCUACGCGCUUGGUGGCGCUCUGGGCGCCCAGGCCGCUGCCUACCCGCGGCCUGCUGCCGUGCACGAGGUCUACGCGCCGCACUUCGACCCGCGCUACGGGCUGCUGAUGCCCGCCGCCUCGGGGCGCCCGGCCCGCCUCGCGCCGGGCCCGGCACCUGCGCCCGGCAGCCCGCCCUGUGAGCUUUCCGCCAAGGGUGAGCCGGCCGGCGCCGCGUGGGCCGCGCCCGGGGGGCCCUUCCCGAGCCCCGCGGGGGACGUGCCCCAGGGCCUGGGCCUCACCGUCGACUCAGCUCGUCGUUAUUCCCUCUGUGGUGCAUCCCUCCUGAGCUGAUGUGCUGACCCCGAGUUUCCCUUCCCCUUUCCUUUCUGACCAGCCAUGGAGGCUCAGCAUCUGUGCCUCUCACUUCAUGGAUGAGGACAUGGGGCAAGACUUCAAACCUCCUUGGGAAAACCAAAGCACACAUCUCCAGAUAUUUCAUCUAAAAACAGUUCCUUCUGCCACAGGAGCAGAUCCAGAGACUCUGAAUGAUGUUUAACAACUUUUGGCCAAAUCACUGGAAAUAUCUGUAAUGGGAUGGCUUAGUCAGGUGAUAUACCAUUAGCUUUCUUGGAAAAGGGGAAAGAAAAAAAGACUUUCUGGUGUGAAUAUUUUUUAUGCUGAUGUUAAUUAUUUCAUUACGUAGUGUGGUAAUAGCACUACUGAUGUCAAUAUCCUCAGAAUUUAAAAUGUAUUUGUAUUUGCAUCUAAGACUGUGGUAGAGAAGUAAAAAGAAGCCAAUUCUUUCUUCCUCGCCGCGUAGCCUCCAGCUCCCUUCCUGCCCACCCCCUCCCCACAACACACACUCCAGACACAAAGACACACUUUUUCCUUUGGACUGUGAACAUGGAAGCCUCAGCCUGAAUGUGAGUGGCAAGUGGCUUAUCUGGAGCCACCUGCCCAAGUCUUACUGAAAUGCAGCUGUUGUAGGACAACUGUUUAAAACUCCAGAAAUACGACGACCAAGGUGACACUUCCCAGUGUUUGGCACAACAAUUGCAG